AUGUCAUCCAAACCGCUCCCCACAGACCUCCCCAUCCACACCUUUCGGUCCGCCCAAGAGUUCGAGGCUUUCCUCGACCGUGAGCAUACCACCGCGCCAGGAUGCUAUGUUAAGCUCGCCAAGAAAUCGGCUGGUGUGGCUUCGAUCUCGGCCGCCGAGGCGGUCGAGGUCGCGCUGUGUUUUGGGUGGAUUGAUGGUCGAGCGAAUGGUAUCGACGAGAAAUGGUGGUUGGCCCGAUACACCCCACGCCGGGCCAAAAGCGUAUGGUCCCGGAAGAACGUGAACACUGUGGCGAGGCUGGUCCAGGAAGGGAGAAUGCGUCCGGCAGGCGUGGCUGCGGUUGAUGCUGCCAAAGCAGAUGGUCGUUGGGACCGUGCGUACGAUGGCCCAGCGACGAUGGCCUUGUCCGAUGAUCUUGCCGCUGCCCUCGCUGCCGUGCCGGUGGCCUCCUCAUUCUUCGAAACCCUGAGCAAGCCAGACCGCUAUGCCGUGCUCUGGCGCGUCCAGACGGCUUCUGCUCAAAAUCGGCCGAAGCGGAUCGAGGCAAUCGUCCAGAUGCUGGCGGGGGGAAAUGUGCCCGGCCGAGCAGCAGAGCCCCAGACGCUGCCUAAGAACAAACAAAGGCAAGGCGUAAGGAAGACGGCCGCGAAGAAAUCCACAACGAGGCAAAAGGCGGCAUCGGAAGAUGUACUCGUUACGCAGUCUCUCCCAACGACCGAACCUAGACAGCCUCGACGUACUGGACUACGGCCACGAAACUGA